AUGCCCAAUCAGGUGAGGCUCCUACUACUACAACUACAAGGGGUUUUACUCCAUUGUCCUACGUCCCUGGUUGAUGCCAACUACAGGUUCCUGUGGUGUGAUAUUGGAGGAGCCGGUCACAUGUCAGAUGCCCAGAUCUUCAACGGCAGUGAGCUCAAAGAGGCCAUGGACAACCGUACCAUAGGGUUCCCCCAGAAGAUCCACUGCCUUUAUGAUGAUGAGGACACACCCUACUUCCUCCUUGCGGACGACGCAUUCGCACUCCGUACCAACUUGAUGAAACCUUACUCCACCCGAGGCAUGACCAGAUCACAGGCAAUGUACAAUUACCGCAUAUCAAGAGGACGUCGGGUUGUAAGGAAUGCCUUUGGCAUCAUGGCAAACCGGUUUAGAGCAUUCCUUGGUAGGAUGCAGCAGUCUCCAGAGGUCGUCCAGCUCAUCGUCAAGUGCUAUGUGAUCCUCCACAACAUGAUGCGCAGGCGGUACCCGGGUGAGCAGCCGUGA